AUGGACGUCAAUGAUCGCCGAGACCAUCAAAAUGGGAAGAUAGCGUUUCUCUUCUUGACACGUGGGCCACUCCCAUUCGCCCCGCUCUGGGAGAAAUUCUUCGCGGGGCAUGAGGGCCAUUACUCCGUCUACGUGCAUGCAUCCAACACCUCCUUUGCCUUCCCCGCUGACUCGCCGGCCAUUUUCAAAAACAGUCUCAUUCCAGGGGGAGAGGUGCGAUGGGGGGGAAUAAGCAUGGUGGACGCGGAACGGCGGCUGCUGACAGCGGCGUUGCAGGACCCCGACAACCAACACUUCGCGCUGCUCUCCGAAAGCUGCAUUCCGCUGUGGUCGUUCGAUUUCGUUCACCAAUACGUCGCCUCCACCUCUGUCAGCUUCGUCGAUUCCUACCCCGACCCCUACAACGCGACCUUCCGCCGCUACAUCCCGCACAUCUUCAAGCCCCUGGUGGGCGCGCAGGACUACCGCAAGGGCAACCAGUGGUUCGCGCUGCAGCGCCGCCACGCAGAGCUGGUGGUGCAGGACACGCAGCACUACGCCGUGCACAACCGGAGCUGCGCGUUUCGGUUUCAAUGGGGGAAGGUGUGCUGCGCCGAUGAGCACUACAUCCAAACCAUGCUGCAUAUGCAAGACCCCAAGGGCAUAUCCCACUACCCGACGACCUUUGCUGACUGGAGUGCGAACGAGUGGCACCCGAGGUUGUACCAUGGGAGCAACACCACUCAGGAUGUGAUCCGGAUGAUCAAGUCUGCCACGCAGUUCGUCUCUUUCCGGUCCUUCUGGCAAGAUUUCUCAAGCAACUACUCACAUACGAAUCAUACGCAGCAGACCACCAGCGAAGCUGAUGCUAACGCCAGCGCCACUGCAGGCGCAGCCAAAGAGAAGCUGCCACGUCAGCCCCUUCCGCCUGUCAUCCAACCCCCACCCCCCCAAACCGGUGCCAUGGUACUCGAGGUUCCAGGAGCUGGGUUCUGGCUGCGAUUCUCCUACUUGACGCAGCGAGGGUAUUAUCCUGAAGCUCCUGGAAAGGCGAAUCAGGACAGCUUCUGUGUGGUUCCCCAAUUCGGAGGGCUCCCAUCGGACCACCUUUUUGGCGUGUUCGACGGGCACGGGGAGCAAGGCACGCCGUGCUCGCAGUUUUCCCGGGACGUGCUUGCGCGGAACCUUCUGAACCACCCUGCGUUGGACGCGGACGUUCCCCGGGCGUUCAGGGACGCGUUCGUGACGACAAACGUGGAGCUGCACCGAUCGCAUGUGGACGACACCAUGAGCGGCAGCACGGGCAUCGCCGUGCUGCUGCGCGAUCGCAUGCUGUACGCAGCUAACGUGGGGGACUCGCGCGCGGUGCUGGCGGAAUGGCACAUGGACGAGGCCGCGGGUAGGGGAGACGGAGAGGGUGCCGAGGGAGCGGGCGGAGGGGAAGGGCGAGUCGGGGGAGACGGCGGAGCAGCAGAAGGAACGAGAAAAGCUGGUGAGGAUGGAGCUGUGGUUGCAGAGGGGCAAGAAGGAACAGGAGGAACAGGGGGAGGAGGAGGAGCAGACGGGGCAGGGGGAGAAGCGGGGAAAGGAAAGGAGAAGAAGCAGGGGUACUCAGCGGGGGGUGCUACGCUGCGCGCAGUGGACCUCUCGAGCGACCAAACCCCCUUCAGAGCGGACGAGUGCGCGCGCGUGCGCGCAUGUGGCGCGCGCGUGCUAACCCUAGACCAGCUGGAAGGGCUAAAGGACCCGGACGUGCAGUGCUGGGGGGGGGAGGACGACGAUGAUGGGGAUCCGCCGCGCCUGUGGGUGGCGAAUGGCAUGUAUCCUGGGACGGCGUUUACAAGGAGUCUGGGGGAUUCGGUGGCGGAGCGAAUUGGCGUGUGCGCGGAGCCUGAGGUGCUCACUGUGGCGCUGUCAGAGCGGCACCCGUUCUUUGUGAUUGCGAGCGAUGGCGUCUUCGAGUUCCUGAGCAGUCAAGAUGUGGUUAACAUGGUGGCGCGGCACAACGAUCCGUUUGCAGCGUGUGAGGAGAUCGUGGCGGAGUCGUACCGGCUGUGGCUGCAGUAUGAGACGCGCACGGACGACAUCACCAUCAUCGUCGUUCACAUCGACACCGAGAUGCCCGACAGCACCCUAGAAGCAGUGCAGCAGGGGGCAGCCCGCACCACGUCAACAGGCGUGCCGCUUCCACCCCCCACGCCGCCGCUGGUGCUGCCAACAUCCACAGCUCUACGCUCCAUGCUGGCGGAUCUGGGUGCUUUCCAGCGCCGCAUCAUUGAGGGCACCGACUUUGACCGCCCCCCCGCUGAAGACGACUGGUCGCCGCCCGCUGAUGUGGCUGCCACGGCUGCUCUUGUGGAGCACCAGCUGGAGCACGCGUUGCGAGGAAACUUCCUGUUCCACAGCCUGUCGCACGAGCAGCAGGACUUGAUGCUGCAGUGCUUCCAGAAGAUGGACGUGGGGCCGGGCGACGUCGUUAUCCAGCAGGGCGACGUGGGAGACAAGUUCUUCAUCUGCCAUCAUGGGGACUUUGACGUGCUCGUGGCCACGGAGCAGAUGGAGGAGGACCCUCUAGGAGUGGUGGUGCAUCGCUACAUUGCCAAUGACAAGCACAUGCCCAGCUUUGGGGAUCUCGCACUGAUGUACGGGACAAGGAGGGAAGCGUCGGUGCGGGCGGCGUCACGCGGCGUGUUGUGGUUCCUGCAGCGGGCGCUGUUCCAGAAGGUGCAGACGCUGGGGCUGGUGGCAGGCUCCGCAGAGAUGGGCCCUCCGCCCCGCCUGCUGCGCCUCCUGCGCUCCCUGCCCUUCCUCUCCCCCCUCUCCUUCGGCCAGCUGCAGCGCCUCGCGCUCUUCCUGCUCACGCUUGAGCUGAACGAUGGGGAUGGGCUGGAGAUGGAAGGGGGCACCGUGUAUGUGGUGCAGGAGGGGCGGUUGCUGGUGAAGGGUGAUGCGGAUGGGGGAAAGGAGGAGGAUGGGGAGGGCGAGGGGGAGAAUAAGAGUGAGGGUGAUGCGGAGACGCGUUUGCAGUAUUUUAACGAGGCGUGUUUGUUGGAUGGGGGCGAUGGGGAUAACAGGCCUGCGAAUGCAGACGCACAGACAGCGGCAGGUGUGGCAGGUGGGGAGGUAGAGGAGAAUGAGCAUCAAGGGAAGCAGCAGGAUGACGCAAGGCAGGGGCCAAGGAAGGCGGUGGCGAGGGGGCAGGUGCAGUGCUGGGCGAUUGAUAGAGACAAGUUUGAGGCAGCUGUGGGGCCGCUGAGCGAUGCGGUGCGGGUGGAUGCAGAGUGGUGCCGGUUUCAGGAGACACUGGCGGCAAAGAGGCAGGGGGAUGAGAUGCGACAGAUCCUGGAGGGGAUCGUGGCGGCUGAAGUGGAGUGGCAGGACGUGCUAGCAGCCAACGAGUGGAGUGAGGUGGUGCAGCUGCGAGUGCAGAACGUGGGAAGGGUGUUUGCCAUGCGGCGCUUCGGAAAGACGCGCGUGGGGCUGCACGGCCGAAGCAAGCAGGUCCAUCGGGAGCGCAAUCUCUUUGAAACCCUCUCAGCCAACCCGUUUGUGCCACCUGUCAUCACGCCGUACACCGACCAUGCCUCUGUGGGUCUGCUGCUGGACUGCCAGCUCAGCACGCCGCUGGCGCUGGUCAUGGGCGGCAGGGAGGGAGCAGGCGGGCAGGCAGGGCCCGACGUUUUCCCGCCACUGCCGGAGGAUGCCGCCCGGUUUGUGGCGGCGGGUCUUGUUGUUGCAAUGGAGCUGAUGCACCGGGACGGAGUGGUGUUUCGAGGCGUGUCACCCUCCACACUCUUCCUCGACUCUCGAGGCCAACUGCAGCUCCCCGAUCUGCGUUUCGCCAAGCGGCUGGAGGAUGGGCGCACGUUCACCAUGUGUGGGUCGCCGGACUUCGUAGCUCCGGAAGUCAUCGCAGGGCGUGGCCAUGGCGUGCCUGCUGACUGGUGGUCGCUGGGAGUGCUCAUAUUCGCUCUGCUGCACGGCGAGGGUCCCUUCGGCUCGUGGAGGGACAGCGAGCUGACAGUGUACACACGCAUCGCCCGCCACGCACUCUUCCUCCCCGACCACCUCCCCCCCGCCGCCUCCGCUCUCAUUCACCAGCUGCUCUCCCCGCGCCCUGAAGACCGGCUCGGGUGCGGCCCUGGCGGGGCUGGGGCUAUCAAGGCCCACCCGUGGUUUGCUGGCGUGCCGUGGGAACAGGUGGCAGCGCUGGAUUGGCCGGCGCCGGAGGAGCUUGUGAGGAGGGUGGGGGAGGUGCAGGGGGAGAGGGGGAGGAUGACGGAGGAGGAGAAGGGGGCUGGGGUGGCGGGAGAGGAGGAGAGUGCUGUUGGCCAAGGUAGAGAGGGGUCUGAAGAGUCGCUUUGGUUUGAGGGUUGGUGA